AUGAACUCGAUCUAUGACUUGGAUCCAAAGAUACGGAAGCUGCUUUCACUAGACAACUUCUUGGAUAACUUGACCGUUUAUGAAUUCAUAGAGGAAUUGAGUAAAGACCAUUCGCUGAAGAGCACAGAGGUUAACUCUUUGAAAUAUCUUGACCCCAAACCAUUUAUCAGAACCUUCGAGUCAACAUUAAGAGAAUUGAACCAGCUAAGUACAGAAGCGGCAUCAAGACAAUCACAAUUGGAGAAAGAGGUAUCUAAAUAUGAACUAGACCAUAGUAGAAACGUGCUAUCUUUAACUUCCAGAGCAGAAUCCGUGAACUCUCAAUUCAAACACCUUGAUGAUCAAAUAUCAAAAGUUAAUUCCACAAUAACACCAUUAAGUCAAUCACUCACAAAGACAAUAAAUGCUAAAGAGCGCUCAAUUGCAACUAUAUCAUUAGUGAGAAUAUAUAAUGAUUUUUAUCAAACGGGUUAUUCUAAAGAAUUGGAUUCAUUAAUGAAUGGUUCAAUCAAAGAUAAAAGAAAAUGUUCCGCAACAGUGGCUCAAUUAUUAUCAUUAUCUCAAAAAUUAAUCAGUGAUGAUUUGGAAAGAUCAGCUAAAUGUCAUGAAUUGAUUCAAAAAUAUUCGGAAACUAUGGAAAACUCAUUAUUAGAGGAGUUCAAUAUUGAAUAUAAGGCUAAUAAUUUAACUAAAAUGAAAGAUAUUGCCGAUAUCCUAACUGAUUUUAAUGGAGGUGUGGCAGUUAUUAAAAAUUUUGUCAAUCAACAUGAUUUCUUUUUAAAUGCUAAUUCAACAGAAGAGGAUGAUGGGUUAACUGAAAGAUUUGAAAAAGAUGGAAUCUGGGAAAAACUAUCAGAUCCUUUAAAUCAUCAUGUCUUGACUGAUUUGUUUACUUUGGAAAUUUUCAAAGAGACUGAAAAUGUUAUACGAAAUGAAACCGGAGUCAUUGUGGAUGUGUUCAGAGAACCUGUUGCAGUUUUACAAGUAUUUGUUCAAAGAAUAUUUGCUCAACAAAUUCAAUUCAAGAUUGAACAAUUGUUGAAAAAUUCAUAUGCUACGAGUACUUUAGCAUAUCUUAGAACAUUAAAUGCAUUAUAUAUCACAACUGGGAACUUCACCAAAAAUUUAAAGAAUUUUUUCCAAGAUUCAUUACAAAGAGAUGUUAGAUUGGAUGAAUUAAAUAUCAUAUUGGAUCAAAGUUUUUCAGAUUUGUUCACUUCUCAUUUGAUUGAUUCAAAAUAUUUUGACCUGGAAAAGAAGACUUUAGAAUCAAUUUUUUAUACAAUUACUUCAAAAUAUGAACAAUUAAAUGAAUCCAAAAUCCAAAAUAAAUUAAGUUCAAGACUUCAUAAUAAUAAAUCUAUUGAACCUAAUAAUGAAUAUGAAAAUUUGAAUAGAAGAAGUAGAGUUGGUCAAUUUAAAAGUUUUAUGAGAAGUCAUUUAGAAAGAUCUCAAUCAUUUAAAGAUAAAAGAGCAAGUGAUCCUUCUUUAGCUAAUGAUCAUAAUCAUCAAAAUGAAAUUGAUCAAUAUUCAAAACUGAACUUAGAACAUACAGACAAUCUAUUGAAAUCUACAGUGGAAUCCUUAUCAAGAUUAAUUGAAUUAACUCCAACUAAAAUGGCUGAACAUGGAUUAGAAAUUUUGGAAAUUUUGUUAAUUGGAAUUGGGAAAUCUUAUGUUGAUCUAGCUUUAGAAGUUUCAUUCAAUGAAUUGCAUCAUCAAGACUUCAAAUAUACUGAUCAUUAUCUAGAGUUUGAUUAUCUACAAAAUGUUCAAAUUUCAAGUGAAAUUCUUUAUUUGGUUUCAACUUGUAUAAGAACAAUCUUGUUACCAUUAGCCAACAACUCACCACAGGUUAAACAUAGAAUGAUCAAUCUAACAAAUGGUUACAUAUCAAGAGUCGAACUGGCAAUUAAUGUUAUAAUGAGAGAUACAAUAAAUCUAGGCUGUGAUAAAGUUAGAAAUGCACUUUCAAAACAAAAGAAAAAGGAUUUCUUACCAAAAGUUGGUGAAUUAAUAGAUACUGAUACCGUUGCCUGUGAACAAUUAUCAACUUUCUUAAGUGAAUUCAAUUCUCAAUUGACACAUUAUUUGAAUGGUGGUAAUUUACAGAAAAUUUUAUUGGAAUUGGGUGUAUUCACAUUUAAUCAAUUAUUUGAACAUUUUAAAAUGUUUCAAAUUAAUUCAACCGGUGGUAUCGUGGUAACGAAAGAUAUUAUUAGUUAUCAAACAAGUAUAGAAGAAUGGAAAAUCCCAGAAUUGACUACAAAGUUCCAACUAUUAAGAGAAAUUGCCAAUUUAUUUACUGUUCAACCUGAAUUAUUAAAUUCCUUAACAAAAGAAGGUCAAUUAGCAACAGUGAAACCAUACGUUAUAAGACAAUUCAUCAUGAAAAGAUCAGAUUAUAGUUCGAAUAGUUAUGUUGAUAGAUUAGUAAGUUGAAAAAUCACAUGGCAAAUUUUCCGCGCAUCUACUAACAAGUACCAAUAGAAAGGAUUCAUUUAAGUCCAUUGAUUAUAUUUAAAAGGCAUUAAAAUAAAUUGCAAAAAUCAUCAAAACUGA